UUGUAGCAAAACAAAACCAUGUUCUGUCCUGGUGAUACCACUGCUUGUUGCUGGUUUCCCCGCGACACCCUUACUGGAGCUCAGCUGUUUUUUCUCCCUGCGCGCGGUGACAAGCGGGUUGGACGAUGCUAUUGCGGCGUUUUAAAGGGAAAAAAGCUCAUGAGAGAAUAACAACAGAAGGCAGUGCAUCGCCGCUAGCGCCCCAGAUCAGUGUUUAUUAGUUUCAUCCGGAUGAGAUUAUUUGCUUGAGAUCUUUAUCGCGCGUGCACGGUAGACUCGGACAACGCAGGUACUUCGGGGGGAAUUGGGUAAAAAUGCACCUGCCGUGAGACAACGGAGCACAUGGACAUAUUUUCGCUGGACAUUAAAUCGGACAGUCAUAUCUGAAUAUUUCUGUCAACCCUCUCUUGUUACGCCGCCAUGGAGCAUUCACGGAUUUUAAUCUACAUCGGUUUAAUAUUUACUGGUCGCGGGGCUUCAAACCAACCCGAGUAUGAGGAUGACAGCUGAUCGCCCCUCCUCUCCCGGGACUUAAAUAAAAACGCGCUCCAUCUGAAUCCGCUGCCCUCGAUUGGAAGCCAGAGUCUCAGUUUCAGCUGUGUUCAACAAUAGAUGGAGCGCAGAGGGCUGUGACAUUUGGUCGAUUGCCACCUUAACCUUUCCCUGAUUAGGUUACCUUUACACUUGACAUUCCCUAAGAGGAUUUUAGGCAUUAGCCGAUGUCACAUUUUCACAGAAGGCCCUUUAAUUUAAUUUGUAGCCUACUCAUUUGUACAGAUUACAAGCAUCCCUUCCGCUCUGGAAGGAAGGGAUGCUGCUGCUCUGUGGAGAUGCUCUGUCCGAUCACCUCUCCACAUGAAAAUCACAUUUCUCUUCUUGCUCUUUGCGCUAAACCCAUGGACGGGGAUGAUCCUUGAGUAGCCGAUGAAAUGAUCAACGUCGCGGUGUCAGCAAAGGCUUGAGCUACAGGGGGAUUUGUGUAGAUUAUCGCAGGACUGCUAUUUUGCUCCCUCGAUCACACUCUUAGCUGAACUUUGAACGGCUUUUGAUGUGCAGCCUUUCCCCUGCUGCCCCAGCCGCCUGGAAACUCCAGCAGGCAAGCCUGUUUACAAGCCAGGCUAUUCAUCGAGGAAGAGGUGCGGGAGUCGGGUUGCAUUCAUAAGCAAUGACUGCCACAGAUGUGUUUGGACCCAGAUCCGAGGAUACCACGAGUUCGGCGCUGCUGUCACCCCGUGGACCCGCGGGAAUGAGACACGCUGCAAGGGUGUAGUUAAUACUCCCUGUUUGCUGGCCGGUCACAUGCUGGCGCUGUGACCGGGAGAGGAAGCCCCUCAGUAGAGCCGCGGUCUGCCAGAAACAAAACACAGCAGCGAGCGACUUGCCUACCUUACGGACCCGUUUUGACUAUCUACCGGGCGGCUACCCGGAGGAUGUUUGAGCCAGGAUGCUGCGCUUCCCCGUGAAGAAAAUCCGGAAGCAGUUCAAGCUCCUGCUGCUGCUGGUGCUGCUCACCUCCGCCGUGUGGUUCACCUACCUGCACAUCAACCAGGGCAAGACCAUCAAACUAAACUUCAACUACGGAAAAGAUGGAGAGAGACAGAUGGAGGGGACGGACGCCAGCCGUAAGAGGGACACUCGCUCCUCAGCCGGCCACCACAAGAGUGAGGACACCAGUGACAGCAGGGAGGAUGAGGCUGCAGAGGACGAGCCAAUCACAGGAGGGGUUGAUGGCAGAGACCAUACCCACAUCCGGAGGUUCCUCAGCCAGCGGCACAAGAAAUUGCCAUGGAAACCAGAGUAUAAGGGCCAGGCCAACCUGCAUGUGUUUGAGGACUGGUGUGGAUCCUCUGUAGCCCAACUCAGAAAGAACCUGCACUUCCCUCUCUACCCUCAUACCAGAACCACAGUGAGGAAGCUGGCAGUGGCUCCAAAGUGGAAGAACUAUGGCCUGAGAAUAUUUGGCUUCCUUCACCCUUACAGAGAUGGUGAUUUCCAGUUCUCAGUAUCGUCUGAUGAUAACUCUGAGUUCUGGCUGAGUCCUGAUGAGAGUCCUCUCAAUGCCAGACUGCUGGUCUAUGUAGGACAGCUGGGUACAGAGUGGACCGCCCCAGGCGAGUUCAGCAAGUUCAGGUCCCAGUCCUCCAAGUCUGUGCACCUAAUCUCGUCCAGACAAUACUACUUUGAGAUCCUCCAUAAGCAGGAUGACAAGGGCUCGGAUCAUGUGGAGGUUGGGUGGCGGCCAUUCCUCCCUGGUCUGAAAUAUGAAGUGAUAGACUCAGCCUACAUCUCCCUGUACACAGACGAGUCCACUCUGAAGAUGAACAGUGUGGACCACAUCCCCCAGACCUUGGCCAGUCACAUCCGUCUCCCAGGGGAGUCUCCACCUCAGGGUCUGGAGGGAGGCAGCAUAAUGCAGCAUGGAGCAGACAUGCUGAAGCCGGACCCCAGAGACACCUUCUACAGCACUCCUAUGAUCGACCCCUCCCGACUGGAAAACGUUCUUCCAGCCUGUCUCUAUUCUCCAACCUAUGUAGUCAAAGAUUUUCCCAUUGCCAGAUACCAGGGCCUGCAAUUUGUCUAUCUGUCCUUCGUUUACCCCAAUGACUUCACACGCCUCACCCACAUGGAGCGAGAGAACAAGUGUUUCUACAGAGAGUCCCCUAUCUACUUGGAGAAGUUUGGUUUCUACAAAUAUAUGAAGAUGGACGAGGAGGAAGAUGACAGACCGUUCUUCUUCCCCAAUCCAGAUGACUUCCUAGAGGAAGAGGAGGUGGUAGAUACAGAGGACGAGGCACAGAUCGUUGGCACGCAGCCGCCCAAGAAGCCCUCUCAUUCCAGCCACACCUCCAACCCUUCCCACCAGCACUCAAAGCCUGGGCCCACAACAGCUGGCAGAGAAGGGGAAGAAGGAGAGGAGGAGGACCCUGAUGAAGAGGAGGAGGGGGCAGUCAACAGUAUCAUACACCGCAGAGAAAGGAGACACUUUCCCCACGGACAUGCACAGAUAGCUAGGGAUCUGGACAAAGACUGGGGAAGAGAUCAUACAAGAGAAAACAUGAGACAGGAUACCAGGAAGGGACUUGAAGAGCCACAGCCCAGGGUGCUCCAGCCUGAAAUGGACAGUGUGGUCCGGGGUCGCUCCCUUUCUUGGAUCCGCACCGGUCCUGCAGAGUUGGGCCCUGGCAGGAAAGGAGGAGGAACAGAUGAUGGAGGUGGAGGGGAGAUGGAAGCUGAGACUCUGCCUAAACUGAGCAAAUCUUCACUCCUUUUCCCCCAAAAGUCCUCCCUCUCUGCCCUUGCUAGCCGAGCCAAGCAGAUCCUCAGCAACUCCGCCCAUAGCAACAACCCCAACGAUAACAACAACAAGCUCACUGGAAACAACAAGGAGAAGAGGGAGGAGAACAAGAUCUACAUCACCAGGCCUCGAUCUGCCAAGGAGCGGGAGAAGGACAGGGAGAGGGAGCAGCGCCGAGAGAGGAGGGAGGAGAGGGCAUCUCGCCGCCCUAGGGAGGUGUUCCCGGGGGUCUUUCUGUACCAAACUGGGAAAACCACAAGGCUAGUCAACCUGGGUGCUAAAGGACAUACUGGGGGAGGCAUAACAGGAGGUAGAAGUCUUGUUAGUGCCCCUCAGCUCUGGCCCAACCCCCCCACAAAAGAAGGUAAGACAUCUCCUCACAAUGGAAGCAUCAACAUACAGAAUGAAAGUGUGCAGAAGUCUGCCUACAGGGCAGCAGGGGCAAAAAGCAAGAGAAAAGGGGAGCACAGAGAUAUAAAGACUACUGUCACUGCUGAUCUACCCAGCAAAGGGGACCCACUAACCCCACUCUCCCAUCAUAAAGAUCCCUCUCCCCCUCAAGUUACCCUGCCAAGGUUUAACUCCACCGAAAACACGCUCCAAGGUCAAUCGCGGGUCACCUCUUACCUCAGGACAUCAGAGAUCACAGAGUCUCAGCAGCACCCAGACCUAGACCUGGACCCCAACCCGGUAGAACUCGACCAGAAUACAAACCGCUCUAGUCCUGACCCCGAUCCUGAUCCCGAGCCAGAACCAGAGGAGGGCGAGAUGUCAGACUACAGCUACGAGGAGGUCGAGGCCCGGCCAGGUUGGGCAGAGGAGAGCAUCAACUGGCAGAGGACCUUCUCAGUCAAUCCGAUGGACUUCGAGCUGCUGCGCUCUGACUGGAAUGACCUUCGCUGCAAUGUGUCUGGCAACCUCCAGCUGGCAGAGAGUGAGGUGGUGGACGUGCUGGCGCAGUACAUGGAGAAACUCAACGAACGCAACGCAGGGAUCUACACCCUGCUACGCAUCAUCAACGUUGAGAAGCGCCGUGACUCGGCAAGAGGGAACCGUUACCUGGUGGAACUGGAACUAAUGGAGAGAGGCCGCAGUGUGGUGCGUCUUUCAGAAUACAUUUACCUGCUGCUCCACCGCAGCAGGCAAGGAGAAGAAAGUCUAGAGAACACCGACUCUGCACCGGCCUCUGCACCAGCCUCUGCACCAGCCUCUGCACCAGCUUUGGCCCCAUCCGUAGCCACGUCCAGCCUCGCCACCCCACCACCCCCUCCAUUCACUAGGUCCCCCGCCCGGCCUGGAGCGACCCCCUGGAGCACUGCCUAUGCUAAGCCUCUGCUCUGCCAGCCAGUCAUGCUCCAAUGGAGGAAAGAUGUCAUGGUUCACUUUGUGGUGCCAGUGAAAAACCAGGCUCGUUGGGUACAGCAGUUUAUCUCUGACAUGGAGAAUCUUCACCGCCAGACAAAAGAUGACAAUUUCAGCAUCAUUAUUGUCGACUUUGAGAGUGAAGACAUGGACGUGGAGCAGGCGCUUAGAGAUAGCAGUGUGCCGAGAUACGAGUAUCUGAGGAGAGAAGGGAACUUUGAGCGCUCCGCAGGACUGCAGAUCGGAGUGGACACCAUUGAGGAUAGUCACAGCAUUGUGUUUCUGUGUGAUCUGCACAUCCACUUCCCUCUCAACAUCUUGGAAAGCAUCAGGAAGCACUGUGUGGAGGGACGCCUUGCUUUUGCUCCCAUUGUCAUGAGACUCAGCUGUGGCAGUUCGCCACAGGAGCCUGAUGGUUACUGGGAGGUAAAUGGUUUUGGCCUGUUUGGAAUCUAUAAGUCUGAUUUUGAAAAGAUUGGAGGGAUGAAUACAGAGGAAUUCAAAGACCGCUGGGGUGGAGAGGACUGGGAGCUGCUGGACAGAGUACUGCAGAAUGGUUUGGAGGUAGAGAGACUACGCUUGAGGAACUUCUUUCACUACUACCACUCCAAACGAGGCAUGUGGAACGCCCAAAACAAGAAAACUCCUAAGGGGUAGCGCCCCCUGCUGGUCACAGGACCCUGAACCUACCUGCAGAUCCACUGUGUGUGAGAGAGACCUGAAGGAGCUCGCUCACUGCCUGAACUCUGCCUUUUUUGAAACAGGCUCCUUUCAGGGACGCCUCUGUUUCGCCGUUGGCCCCACUUGUAUGCUUGUCUGUACAAGGAAACAGAGUCCAAAUCUGAACAUUACAAGCUAGACGUUUAGGCAGAUGGGCCUGAGUCAUCACUUUGCCUCACUGACUACUGUACAGAGAGAAGAGAGUCAUUUUUGUUCUCCUUCUCUCUGUCCUUUUUUGGUGCAAUGUUUUCAGACAGACUGGAAAGAAGCUGUUUUUGUGCGUGUGUCUGUGUGUUUGUGUGUAUGCGUGGGUAUGUAUAUAUAUAUAUAUGUGUACGUGGGUGUGCUGCCGCUUGUGUGUGCUUAUGAUGACAGGAGCACCUUUUUUUCUAACAAGGAGAUGUGAAGACGACCUAAGAUCUCUUUUUCUAACACACUCUCACAUGGGAGCCUAAUAGAAUGUGUAGAUUCAGACAUGGUGGCAUAGCUGAAGUAGAGGAACUCUGUCUUUGGUAAACAGUAUUUCUAAAUACAUCAACUGCUACCUGUUGGAUAUCACUAACCAGUAUGGCCAAGGUGUUGAAGUACUCCUGAUAAUAUGAAACAAAGAAAGUUGGUGAAUCAGAAAAACCCUUUUCCAAACACUUACUAAGAGGCACAUCAUCUUUAUAUCUCUUUCUGUCCAUCUCUCUCUCUCUCUCUCUCUCUCUCUCUCUCUCUCUCUCUGGAUCUCUUUCAAUCAAUCUUUCAGUCAAUCUUUCAACUCAUUUCUGCCUCUGGUCAUUUCAACUUCAUGCUAACUUAUAUCUGUUGAAUCGUUAUAUAUAGCCCUGCUGAUUUUUUGUAAUAUCAGAUUGAUGUACUAUACCCAUUUUAAUGCUCGUUAAUUGGUUGGACUUUUUUUUUUGUUUUGUUUGUUUUUGUUUCAUUAACUGAAGUUUAUUCUGCUGUUAGUUUUUUAAAAGGGGUUAUCAUUUGUCCUGACUGACUGUGGAUGCACUAACGUUUGGGGUGCUAUUUGCUGUUCUAAAACACUGAAUUUCUGAACACUUGUUUACACCUUUUACUUUUUCUGAUGGUAUCCUCCAUUCCCUCCGGAUCUCUAACCUCAUUGUCAACUGGAACACAAAACUGUAACAGGAGGGGAGCACAAUAGGUUUCUGACAUUUGAUUUAACACCAUUGUUUCAUGCAUUUUCUGAGCUGAGUAUUGCAUUUCAAAUAUUGGAUCUGAGGGAUUAAAACUCUAUCUCUCAUAUUAAAAUACCACAGGGACAGGGAAUGCUUAGCUAUCGAAAACAUCAACACUCUUCUUUUAAGCUUGUAUAAAGCUCCAGCAGAAGGGAGGGGAAGGGAGACCACUUCAUGGGUUGGACACAAUGUGGCAAGGCAUGGCUGUUUCACAAAUGUGUGCCUUUAUCAGGGUUUGGCUGCAGGCAGUUUUUAAACUACUAAUGGCGGAGGAGGGCAGGGACAGACAGAAACACACCGUUAUUUAUCAGCAGGCUGUAAUGUCAAUGUAAAUUCAGAUACACUGCAAAAGAGGGAAAUAUUCUCCUCAAUGGAUUACAGACACGUCAGUGUGUUUGUUUUAGGAGCAGGAGGGAGUGGUUGUUGCGAUAGACAGAGAUGGUACUAAUUACUACUACGUGAAAUCAGGAGGUGUGAUGGAGACUCACUGGCAGCUGCAGUUCAGCAGGACCCCACCUGCUCCCAUUAGUUUGGCUGGAGGCCGGGCUCCUAAUGCCUCUGUUUAUGCAACAUGGUACUUGUUUAUUGAUGGGCAGUGGCUGGAGGACACAAGACUGGACGUAUAUACCAGAAUAUGGAUGAGAGUUAAUGAUCUGUUAUUAACUAUGUGAUUGUCAAAAGACCCUACAGGAAAAAGGUCUAUUCUGUACGCCAUGUAACACUGACAGGAGACUAUUUAAAGAGCAAGAGAAACACAUUAAAUAUAAGACUAUAUAUAUAAGAAACAUAAAAAUUAAAAAUAGGAAUAUACAUUCCAAGGUAAUUUCUGUGAAAUUGUUUUGUAGAGAAAAGGU